GACGAAACAGCCUGAGCUCCUGCAAAAGUGCCUGAAGGAGUUCUUCGGUUUUGCAAUGGACAGGUCUCGAAUGGGAUGAUAGCCCAAGGUUUUUUGGGGAGAGGCUGGUUGCACUAGCGAGCCAAAAAUCCUGGACAAGGUUGAGGAGAUCGCUAAGGUGCACCCGACUGUCGAAGGGCAUAUUCCUGAGCUGCUCUGGCAUCAUGCGUUCACGAAUUCCGCGUGCGCCAUCCAAGAAGCCCUUGAUGUUCCGGAACCCAGCAUGGGCAGUCGCAUGCUCUACAUUCUUGUAUUCCGCAAGCUCUACCCCAUCACAAAGCUUCACGGCAAGGAUCUUUUCGACGUCUGGCGUCAGUGUAUCUUAUGCCACCUCACUUUGUGGAAGGAAGGUGUUCAUCAUCGAGAUAUCAGCCCUGGAAGCUUGUUGUGGCACAGGAAAAACGGCAGACUGAUCGGUGUCUUAAACGACUACGAUUUAUCCUCUUUGGCGAAUGCAGUGGGUCCUCAGGGAAACGAGCGUACGGGCACGGUACCGUUCAUGGCGCUCGACCUUCUCACCAAAGAGGGUCAACAAGGCAAAGUGAAACAUCUAUAUCGCCACGAUUUAGAAUCGUUUAUGUGGGUUUUUGCUUGGAUUUGCUUUCGUUAUAAGCAGGGAGUCCUACUGCGGAGAUCGCGCCCUCUCGAUGAGUGGGCGACUUCAGACGCUAUUGCAUGUCGCGUGGAGAAAUCAGACUUUCUGAUGAAUUUUAGCAAUUAUCUACCCACGAACCUCAAAACUUCUCAGUCAGCCAUAGAUCUGUCUUUAUGGGUUCUCCUUGUGGAGUGUUUUCGGGUGCUCCAGGCAGCUAACGCCAAACGCGUUGAUGACAUUGCACCAUAACUUCAUUGUUCAGCUGGGAUGGACGGAAGGAACAUACGAGCAGAUAGA